AUGGCGAAGCUUUUUAUCGGGGGCCUUGCCUGGCAUACAACCGAUGAAACUCUCAACGAAGGCUUUCAGCGAUUCGGAAAGGUCGAAGAAGCUGUUGUUGUAAAAGAUCGUGAUACCAACCGAAGCCGCGGGUUUGGAUUUGUCAGGUUCGCCACCAAAGAAGAGGCCGACCAGGCGCUAGAAAACAUGAACAACACAGAAUUCGAUGGUCGCUUGAUUCGAGUAGACCAUGCGCAAGACAACAGAUCGGGCGGGCAAGGUCGAGGUGGCGGCUUCUCUGGAAGAGCAGGAUACACAUCUUCCCAAGGCAUGGCCGGAGGUUAUGGUCAGAUGGGCGGCCAAACACGAAAUUCAAACUCGACGUCCUACGGACGCGGCGCUGCGUUCAAUCCUCAGUAUCAACAGUACGAUCCACGAUACCAAAAUCCGGGCGGACCUUACGGUGGAGGGCAAUCGCAAGGUCCCAACGACCCUUACGGGUCAGGGGGGUCCUACCGUCAAUAG